UUUUGCCCUUUACUCUGCUUGUAUCAAAGCAUGUGGGGAAUGGGAAAUGUCAAGAUCUAAAGCCACCAGCCCAAUUGUCUGUACUUUGGGAAACUCAGCUCAGCGGUCACCGGUGCUGACUGUGGAACCCAGAAAUGGGCUUUGAAGAGUUCAUCCUUCAAAUCCCAGCAGCCAGUAGGCAAACCACACGUUUUGCUAAAUCCCCCCUGGCUCAUUGGUGGUGGUAAUAACUCACUGAAAUAAAGGGUUGAGAUGUGCCUCACUUAACACUAAUCCGUUAAAUGGUGAAAUAAACAGACUCUGGAGUUUAAUGCUGUUGCCUUCCAUUGCUCCCGAUAUGUGUUUUUUGCGGUUACUAACGUACCAAAGCAGACAGAGCUAUUUGAAUUAACAGUUUGGCUACAUUGCUUUCUAAGGGGAUUCCAGUAAGAAAUCAUCACUAGUAUGCAUGUGUUUUGAGCUCUUAAAAUGCAUUUCAUGUCUGGUCAAAGGAACUCCUCUUGCAGGCUCCUAGUUGAAAUCCUGAGAAACCGUAGGGGCUUGAACUCUCAGCUACUGGCAGAAGGAAGGCAUUGGCUACAGGCAUGCUGGAACCAAGACAAGAGGCUGUAGUUCACAAAUUGAUGCAUGGACGCAGAUGUGUGGGAGCUUAUUUCAGAUGCUGUCCAUUUCAAUUAGCACCCCCUUCCCCAUACCCUUUGUGGCCAACACUUGAAAUAGAAUCUUCUAUUAUUGAUUGUACAGCUGUGAAUUAAAACAGGUCUCGCUUUCUAGACUCUGACUUGCAUACAGACAAACCUAGACUCUCCUGCCUCAUCUAAACGCGUACCUGUCAAACUAUUGCAAACCUCUGGCUGCUUCAGGUAUCAGUGGCUUAUUUAGGUUUAGUUUAAACCUAUUCCUAGUUGACUUCACUUAAACUGUAAUAAGCUGUUCACACAGCCUCUGGCACAAUUUAAAAACAGUGAAUGGUCCUGCAGCACCUUAGACUAAAAAAACAUGCAGCUAGUAUGAGCUUUCAGGAGAGACACUGGUGUUUUAUCUGAAAAAGUGGGUUCAGUUAAACCAGAAUAACUCCGGAUGUAGAGUCAGCGUUCUGUCUCCCCAUUUGUUCCUCCUCAGAACUCCCAGCCGUAUGGUUUGAUUGUUUGGGUUUUUUUCACCCACUGCCUGUGGUGGGGGAAGGAAUCUUUGGUUAUGGACAGUCGCUAUGUGACAGAGACCAGGGUCUUGUCAUUUUCACUCUUACCUGUGAAAAGGCUCUUGCACAGAUCUGCAGCAAAGCUUUAAAAUGGGAGGAGGGAGGCUGGGAAGAGAACAUGGUCUGCCUAUAGCCCCUGUGUGGGAUAGCGUGAGAGUGGGGAAUCUCAGAAUACUUAAACAAAAACAGACCAAAGUGUCCCUUGCUUAGGAAUUUCCCUUCAGAACUGCAACCCUGAAAUAGUUCCAUCCCUCUGUCCUGCCCUCAGAGAGCUGGGGGGAGGUGAAAAGCAGAUUUGGAAUUUCAGGCCACUUGCAACAAACUGAACAGAUGUAUUCAGGUUGCAAAAUGGGGCCUGAGCUUGUUGCUGUGUAACGGAGAGCUCUUGAAUCUCCUUUCCUCCUGGAGUAGGUCAGAGGUGCUGCCCUUCCGCCCCAGCCCUCGGUACCACAUGGCUCAGCGUGAGCUCCUAUCCAGGAGCUGUUGGCUACGUCUCCAGGAAUGCAAGUGAGACAUCUGCUAGGAUUGCUGACUCACUUGCUCUGGUGCACCGGCCACUCGGCUCUAAGGAGCCAGCGUUUUCUUGCCCUCCUUGGACUGAUUUCUGCUUGUCAGCUUUCUACUUUUUAAAGCUUGUCUGCCAGUGAGGUUGGGGGAGCAAAGGCCUCUCUGCCUCGGUGUACAGGGAAUCAGAACUCUUUGCAGGAAAGGGAGCCUGGCCCAGUAGGUCUAGUGGGCAGGUCAGACUUCGGGGUUCUAUGCCUCACUAUGCUGCUCAGGAGAAAUUCAAAUGCCGCCCAGCUGAUCAGCAGAGUGCCACUUGCCCCUGUGUCUGGUAUUCAAGGCAGUUACUGGUCCCAUAAAUUGGGGAUAAGCCCCUCUUCCGGCUGCUCUCUGCUUCUGUACUAGUGGUGUGAAAAGCAGCUCCAUUCAGCUGAGUUGAUGGCUGAGGCCAAAGUGCUAGGAGCCCUGUGAACUCCGCAGUAUUGUAUCUCUGCUGAUUCUUCACCUCCUUUUCUGUUUCAGGAGACUUGAGCCAGUAGGAUACUGCAAACCCAGCUGCUCCCCUCACAAGAGCUGGUCAGUGGCACAAAGGUUCUCCGAUCCGCUGGGGCGCAGGGUGUGACCAGAAUCCAGGCCAUGACCAGCAGAGGAGCUGCCAGGCCGAAUGGUCAGUCCCAAGCUAGUAAAAUCUGUCAGUUUAAGCUAGUGCUGCUGGGCGAGUCUGCGGUGGGAAAGUCCAGUCUGGUGCUGCGCUUCGUCAAGGGUCAGUUUCACGAGUACCAGGAGAGCACCAUUGGGGCGGCGUUUCUCACACAGUCUGUCUGCCUGGAUGACACCACAGUAAAGUUUGAGAUCUGGGACACAGCCGGCCAGGAGAGAUAUCACAGUCUGGCCCCUCUGGGCUGGGGCAAGGAUCUGGGAACUCCUGUCUCUUGCCUUUCCUUCCAGGAAACGUUUGCCCGAGCGAAGACAUGGGUGAAAGAGCUGCAGCGGCAAGCGAGCCCCAACAUUGUCAUAGCCCUAGCGGGCAACAAGGCCGACCUUGCCAACAAGCGCAUGGUAGAAUAUGAAGAGGCACAAGCCUACGCAGAUGACAACAGCCUAUUGUUCAUGGAGACGUCGGCCAAGACAGCGAUGAAUGUUAACGAUCUCUUCCUGGCGAUAGCCAAGAAGCUGCCAAAGAGCGAGCCCCAGAGCACGAGUGGCGCGGCAGGAAGAAACCGAGGUGUGGACCUUCACGAGCAGACCCAGCAGAACAAGGGCCAGUGUUGUAGCAACUAAAGGGUGGCUUUCGAGAGAGGCCAGCGCGAGAGGAAGAGCUAAGAUAUAACCUCCAUUCCCACCCCUGCCCACCACACUUCGCCUCCCCUAACAACGGCACACCGAAACCCGUCUGAACCGAAUCCCUCCCCAGAGCUCUAACUGCACUUUUUAAUGCUUCAGAACCACCACCAGACAUCUGUUACCACCACUCCAGUGACCGUGGAAAUAGAUCGACCGGGGACUUAACUUCCAAAAAACAAACUCUUCACUUUGUAUUAUAGGUGCAAAUAGCUACCUAAUUCUGAUUGAUUCCCAAUCUCCCGAAUAAUUCCUCCCUUCCUACCUGCUUCCUCUUUGCUUUGGUAAAUCUCUUCUCUGUCCCAUAACAUCUGUCCCCUUCUCCCUUUUUUAAUGCUGGGGGGAGGGGUCCAAAGGAGGUGGGAAUUUAAUCCUUGUAGGUUUAUUUUGUGAAGACUAAGUUGAAUGGGGACCUACAGAAAACACCGUUUUCUGAGGGUGUCUUUUUGUGGGUUUACUCUUUCUCCUGUUUUUUCAUCUGUUUCAGUGUUGGGGGUGGGGGAGGGGCUGCAGUGUCCUUAAUUUCUUCCUGGGUGGCCUUCUUGUCAAGGGAUCAGAAGUGAUUGGGGGGAGGGAGGAGGAGAUCAAGGGGUUGGGAUCCUGUGAUGCAGCAGGAUUCUGAUUUUUUGCAAGUGUUGAUCGCUGUGAAACAAACAUAGAUGGUGACCCUAAGUGCCACUGAGUCUCAGUAGCAUGAAUAGAAUCAUGAACUGUGCCGCUAUGAAUAUAAGGUAUAAAUACUGUCCCAUAAGUCUAAGUAAUCCCAUUGAUCUUGGUCACACCAGGCCGAUGCACUUAGCAUCAUGUGCUGGGCAGGUUCUACUGCUGUGUGGCAGAUGGUUUUGUUAGUACUGACCUUGUGGGGGGGAGGGUCUGUACCCCAAAGUUCCUGCUGCGGCUGGCAUUUUGCAAUGACACGCACCUCAAGCUCCUGUCCUCUCGGAGCUGUGGGUUUAUUCCUCCCCUCUCACCAGCCGUGCGAGUUCUCUGGAUUGCACUUUAAUCUCCGAUUUGUCCAGUUGGGCUAAGCUCGCAUUGGGCUGUGUGCAGUUGAUGCUAUCUGGAAGGCUCAUGAGCCUCGUUGGGAGGCAGGGAUCUACUGAUUUCUGCUUGCUCCCUCUGUUAAGAAGCUCUCGGUUUGAGGAACCCACCAAAGUGUGUUGUGUGUGGGUUUUUUUUGUUUUUUGUUUUUUUUUCCUGGGCUCUAGGCUAUUCCUGUCAUGUAAGCUGCAGAGCUCCGUGCAGGGAAACUGGGCUUGCUUUGUCUGUUACUUUGCCCUUUGGACCCAAGUGACUGACCAGGAUCUCUUCAGAAUGGACAGGACAUAAGACGGUCACUGAGCAGGGAUGACUGCUCUUUGCCUGUAGUAGGGGUGAGGAGCGCACCGAGCCAAGGAUCUAGGGAGCUCCUGGAGGGACAUGGGAGCAGGAGUUUCUGUUACACAGGAGGUGAAGGAGAAUGAGAGGCCAUUCAGGGGUAGAGGACCUGCCUGCCUUCCUGGUCCUCAGUGGAGUGGCUGUGUUCUGUACCUCCCCUUCCCCAGGCUGGAGCCUGCUCCAUUGUGAGUCUUACAUGGGCUAGAAUUUGGGCGAAGUGGGGGGAGGGUCUCCUACCCACUCUGGGACACCAGCAACAAUGCAACCCCUCCCCUUGGAAAAGAAACAUGCUGGUUACCUAGAGGCCUGUCCGUUCCCCUUGCAGGUUGUCUUGGCAUCGGAGCACCAUCCAGUCUGUGUCCUCUCCACGCACUCAGGUUGUCAUGUGCUCACACGGAGUGUCUUUUGCUUCUCUGAUCCAAGGCCAUCCCCAGCUGGCUACGUUGACCAGUCAGACAGGCACCCACCCUGUUGCACACAGUCCCUGUCUAUGCAGUGUAACCAACUCGGCUGAGGGCUCAUUGGGAAGACAAGCUCUCACUUGCAAAGUAGCAGCAUUUGUUGUUUUGGCUGUAAAUAGUGCUUGGUCCCGGUGGGCUGCAUGGGAUGCCGACGGUGCCACUUCUGUAAUAGCUGAUCCCCUGUGGAUCAGAGCAGUGCCCUGUAAUUUUGUUAGGAGGGUCCUGCUCGGAGCAGCUCUGUCUUACUGGGGUUUGCCCAGGCAGCUGCUCCCCCCUGUGGCUGAAUGUGCAGACAGCAGAGCAGUCCUGAUGCCCUGCCCAGAUGUGGGGAGAAACGGAGUCCCUUGGCUCUGGCUCUGAACUGACCUGAGUCCCCCUUGGGUGUGUAGUGACCUGCCGAGAAUCAUCCCUACAGUUGGUGCAAGCUGAUGGCUUUCCUUGGGUGGCUUGGAGGCUGAACAGUGCCUCUUGUGGACAUCUCCCAGAGCAGGGGCACAGCACACGGGCCAAGGGAUUCUCCUAACCCCUGCACCUGUCCUCUGCAUAAACAGCCUCGGGCGCUGUCCGUCCUGGCUCCUUUCACCGCUUCAAUCAUAUUUUUAAAAUCCGGUGUCCCCUGUGUGCUGGGGAGAGCAGGUCUAAGACACUGGCCUGGGUGUCUGCUGUGGAGGUGGCUUUGAAGAGAUUUCUUCCCUGGUCGAGUGCUCCAAAAAGGGGGAUGCGAUACCCUUAGCACCAGCCGAACCCUCCUGUAUGUGGAAGCAGGCCCUGUCUUCAUCUAGUUUUGUCUGGGACAAGCAGAGUCAAAAUAGAGAAACAGCUAGGCAGGGGAAGCCCCAGGCUCUGCCCAAGAGGGGUGGGAAAGUGAUCAGGAUGUGGCUGGGAGGCUGAGCUAGCUUCUUCAGGGCCCUCUACCCGCCCACUGACUUGGGGGACUGAGGGAGGGGGCUUUUCUUAGGCCAGGACAACUUUGGGAGGGCUGAAGUGUGGCGUUGCCUCAUGGGUGUUCAAAUCUCUUCUCCAAUCCCUACAGUGAUGUGACAACUCCCCCUGCCACUAAUCCAAGGGACGCCGCUGCAGAUUUCAGGCUUCACUUGUCCAUGGGGGGCUCUGUCCUUGGUGAAAACUUUUUCUGUCUACACCCCUCUGCUUCCCUGUCCAGCAAACACUGCUCUUCAUGCAGCAUCCGCCCCACUGGCUUCUGGCAAAGCUGGAGCCCAGAGUCCCCUGCCUUCACCAGUGUCCAUAACCCUCUCUUCCAUGGAGUGUUUUCUGACUAAAUCCCUGGACCAAAUUGGGACACUGCAGCUUUCAAAAGCCCCCUCCCCCCAAGCUUGCAUCUUUUUCUGAUCAAUCUUUUUUUUUUUUCUGCUUUAAGAAAGCUACAUUGCAUUUAAAAUAACAAUCAUGGUAACAGAAUUCAACUGCUGAUUUACCAAUGUAUUUAAUGUAAGUAAAACAAAAUCAGUGUA